AUGCAAAUACACGUUCCAGUCUCGUCGUCGCCGGCGACGGGGCCAUUGUUCCUGUUGCUCGGCGCCACGGCCGCCAUCGUUGCCGCCUCGCCUUUUCCUCGCAGUGCGGCCAACGACUUGGGCCUCUCAUUUCUUCGGCUGCGAGACGACUGCACAACCCACUGCGGAUCCGAGAAACAGUUUUGCUGUUCUUCCGACCAGGUCUGCACGACCCUGGCCGGCAAUGUAGCUACCUGUGCCCCCGGCGCCGGCGGCUCAUACGCCGCGUACACCACGACGUGGACCGAAACGAGGACUUACACGAGCACCAUCAUGACGAAUUGGGCGCCGGCCCCGACCCCCGUGCCAGGAGUCGAUUGCAAACCUCAAAGUCCAGAGCAGGAGGCUUGCGGGUCGAUUUGCUGUGCUGGCUGGCAGACAUGCGCCUUCAAGGGCCAGUGCUCCUCCAGGCCGGGAUAUCAAGAGCCCAGCACCAUUGUCGUCACUUCCAACGGUGUAGUCACCACUCGGUACUCUGCUCCUUACCGGGUCACCGGCACCACGACCAUUGUCGGCAGCGGUGCUCGAAGCGAUCAAUCCUUCUACACCGCCACGGCAACCACCACCUCUGCGGGUUCAACGUCCACUAGCGACGGACAGACUAUCGGGGCCGAUGGAAGCAGCAAGGGCGGAACCGGGGGCGGUUUGAGUGGAGGCGCCAUUGCCGGUAUUGUCAUCGGCACGCUGGCUGGUGUCGCCCUGCUCAUGCUGUUCUGCUUCUGCUGCAUCGCCCGCGGGGUCUGGAAUGUCGUCUUUGGACGGAAAAAGGAAAGGACUGAAAAGAUCAUUGUCGAGGAGGACGUUCGCUAUUCGCGGCAUGGCAGCCAGGCACCGCCUUAUUCCCGCCGAGACCGCCAUUCCGGAUGGUUUGGUGGUCGUCCAACAUCUGUCGCCGAUCGCCGCCGAAAGAGCUCGGAUGGAAAAUGGUGGCUGGGCCUUGCCGGUGCGGCAACUACACUGUUGGCUCUGCUCAACCUCAAAAAGGACAGGAAGCCUGCUAGACGGCCACAAUCUUCACGGUACACCGAUACGUCCUACACGUAUUCCGACGUGACAUACACGAGCCCAAGUAAGUCUACGUCGAGGUCUUGGCUCCUUCGUCCCUCUGUUCAAACGCUAACCGACCCCCAGGCAGCUCCAGCUCAGACCGGCGAACCCAUCGCACCGGUCGAACAGGCCGGAGCCACCGCAGUGACAGCCGCGGCGGAGCCUCUUACUAUUCCCGUGCCACCACGCGCCGGCCAUAGAGCGGUGCUCCCCUUGCAUUUCAUGACGAACCCCGCAUGUGUAUUUUGA